AAAUGGAGGGCAUGCAGAUAGACCUAACAGCCCAGGAUUUGGAGUAUUCUUACAAUCCGAAGCUCCAGACUCUUGGCCAGGUGGAUAAUGAUGACAUUGAGGAUUUCAUUGGUGACUCAGAGAGAUUUCACAGGAAAUUAUUAGAAAACGGUAUUAUUGAUCCUGACUAUGCUGAAUUUCUAACUGAGCUUGAUGAAAGCGCAAAAUAUGAAAAAGAGAGUAUUCAGAAAGCCGAUCAAUAUUAUGCUAAAGAAAUAGAAAGAAUCAAAAAUUUCUAUGAGGAUCAAUUACAACAGAUCCGAGAAGAAAGUGAGCAAGCUAUUAACAGUUUGCAGGGAGAAAACCAAACUUUGGAUGAGAAAUGCAGAUUUUUAACUGAACAAGUUAAUGAAUUACAAGCAGCUCAGGUAAAGAAGACUCCUAAUCUUCCAACAACUUCCAGAAAUGCUUUCCUGAGGAGGAACUCUGAGAACCACCAAUUAAAAGGAAAACAGAAGACCACUUUGAAAAAUUCGCGCAGUCCUUUAAAUACUAGUACUAGUCAAUCUAGAGAACAAGAAGAUGCUCAAAUUCACCUUGAGGCAGUUAAUUCCAAAUUAAAGAAAAAGGUGGAUGAAUUGACAGGAAGAGCCAAAAGACUCAAAGUUUCAUGGGAAAGUAAGAUAGAAGACCAGAAGAAAGAAAUAAAGAGUCUUCAAACUGAUUCAAAGGAUCUCAGAACGAAGCUUUCACAACAGAAGUCUAAAAGUCAAAGAGAAAUUAACAAGCAUAGAGAUAUUAACAUAAAGCUUGAAAAAGAAAUAGAGACUCUUAAGAAAUCACUGAAAGAUUUAGAAAAGGAAAAGAUUCAACUAAAAGGCAGGCUCGAUAGAAAUUUUGCUGAGCGGUCUGUAGACAUCCAAAGGAAAAAGAGAAUGGACUUAUCCAGAAGUACUGCUAGAUCAUAUAACGACUUUGACUUUUUCAGUAAAAAAAUGAAUACUAAGCAGAAUCAGAAGGAUAAUCUUUGCUUUAACCGAAAGAAUUCACAUAUAUCGAAGAGAGAAAAUAAAUUGUUCUCUUCAACUGCUUCAUUACAGCAUUUUAAUCUUUUCAAGACUACUAAGAAUUUGAACAGCAAAAAUAACGGAAACUGUAGAGAAGGUUCAAAAUCAAAAGGAUUGAGAAGUCCAAAAGAAUCGAAUACCUCGACUAAGCACAAGACAUGUUCAAGAAGAGGCAUCUGUAGUGUAGGUUUAGACAAGAAAGGAUGAGGACACUACCACCACUCCAAAAGAAGUACAUCUAGAAAUAGUCUCAAUAGAACAAGUCUGCAAUAUAAUUCAACGACUUCAGCAAUGAAAAAAAUUAAAGAUAUGUGCCAGGUGAUGGUAGACAGCUGCUCAAGGCUGGAAUGAGCUCGCUGAUUCAAUAUGUAUCCUCCAACUGAUUUCCUGGAGCACAUCAAUAACGAGGAAGAAUGAACAGUUAAUGAUUUUAAUCCAGAAAUUUUAAGCAACGAAAAAGAUUUAGCAAUAGACUCUAAUUCUCCUCAAUGAAACAAAAAGAAAAAGAUCAAAAAUAAAGAAAAUAAUCUUGAUGAAAUUAAUCCUCUGAGCGAAAGAGGAUCUAUGGGAUCUUUGAAAAAGAGUUUAAGAUCUUCUAUCAAAGGUAUAAAGCUUCCUCCUCAUGAUAAAGCUCUUAAGGAGAGAUCUGUUGCUCAUAUCUCAAACCUCUCGUACCAUGAUAAUUCUUAUGAUGAAGAGUUUUAUAACCAAAAGAAUAAACAGACUCUAAACAACCUUCAUAUGAGAGAUGCAGUAUCUAGUACAAAUCUCUUAGGAAGUCAAAAUAACUGAAAUAUUGUUCACCAAAGUAUGGAUAUCCAUUCAAAUCUGUUCAGAAAUUCUAUCAUGACACCAGUUAACUAUCACGGUAACGAAUCUUUUGUGAUUCAACCUCAUUGCAAAUGAAAUCUAUUACAGAGCCAAUGUAAUCUGAGCCAUCACCCAAGUUGCUGCCAUCAUCAGAAGCAAAAUUUAACUAUGAUUGAAUCUCAAGCAUACGGCCCAUCCAUUGAAGAUAGACUAGAGAAUACUGAGAAACUCAUUCGAGAAAUGAACCAUAAGUUCGAUGGUUUGACCUCGCCAAAGCAGUCUGCCAAAAACGAAUUUAAUAUGCUAGUUCAAACCCUCACAAUGAACUCUGCAUUGCAAGACUACAAUGCUGAUAGCGAUACCGACAAUCAAGAAGAUUCAGGUCAAAGCUCAUUCGAUGAAGAAACUUUGAGCAUGAAUCAGAGAGAUCUUAGAAAAUAUUUUAAGAAGAAUAUGAAACAACAAAAGAUGAUAGAGGCUCAAGAUCAUGAUGGAUAUCCAGAAGAACUCCGUACUGGCAGAAGAGUUAACCAAAAGUAUAUUGAUAAACACCAAUUUUCAAAUUCCAGGUAUGAAAAUGUAGAAGAAGAUGAGCUUGACCAGUACUAUACUCAGCAGCAAAACAAGUAUUCUUCAUCUGAAAAUAAAGUUGACAAUGAAGAAUAUAGUCAUGAAGAUGAUAUCGAUGAAUCCUCAAGUGAUCAUAUUUAUAAGAAGGCUAAGAAUUCGAUCAAGAGAAGUAAAAUGAUAAUAUCCACAGAGCAAGAAGAUCAACUUCUGAAUGAAAUGAGUUACUCAGAUCCAGAGAAUCAGCUUGAAAUGCUCAAGCUAAGCAGCAAAAGGGUUGAAAGUAUUUUAAGAAAUAAGCAAAAACGUAAAAAUAAACCAGUUUGUAAAGAAGAAACUUUAGAUAACCUCAGACAGAAUAGAAUGGCUGAUGAUUCAGACAGUUGCAAGAUACAAAUGAGUUCUGAAUUUGACCAUGAAUAUUCUCAUGGCAAGAAAAUGUUAGAAAGGAAAAAUUCAAGGAAUAGACUUUAUGAAGCCACAAGCCCAAACGAAGUAUCUGAUAAAAGAAAUUUCCACCAGACUACAUCUUCAGGAAAUCUUGUAUUGUAUGACAGUGUUGCUAGGAUGUCUUCUCAAAGCCCGCAAGAAUAUAUUGAUCCAAACUAUGUGCAAAGACAUAUUCCUAAUUAUAAAAAUAGAGACGAGUCUCAUGAUUUUGAUGAAGAUGAUAUCAACAGUAGCGACAAUAUUGCCGACGAAGAUAUGGCUUACGACGACCAAGAAUACGAACAAGAAGUAGAAACAGAAACCCAAAGAAGAUACAGAAAAGGCCUCAACAAGUAUGUCAACCAAAUGAGCCUAUCAAAAUUUAAAAAUUAA